GAACACGCAAAUCGGAGUAACAUCGAGUUCCAGUUUCAAGAUAAGAUAACUUAAGAAACUACGUACUUGUUCGGCAUUCCGAUAACAGGGCUAGUGUCCUGUCAAUACGUCAACAUGCUCUCUGCAACAUACAUUAAUUAAAUUUCUAAUACAUAAUAGUGAUUGUGAUACCAAUAUGACGUCAAACAGUCUUAUGAAGAUGCAAGAGGAAUAGCUAGAUGGAAAUUGAAGCAAGAUCUCAAGACUCAGUUUGGCGUUGGUCACUUCUGUUUUCCGUUGUGCUGUUAAACGUGUGCUUGCCGAACUUGGUGCUGUCGUACGGAGUGGUGCUGCUGCACGCGGUGCAGUUGGGCGUCCCGACGUGGCUCGGGCUCUGUACCCCUGUAACACAUAUCCUCACAUACGGCUUAACACAAUGCUGGUUCCGCGAAGCAGCAGAUUCGUGGGGCGGGCCGAUAGGGUACCGCGCGAUGGCGACGGCGGGACUUUUGCUGAACGUGGCCGGCCUGGUGGCAUGCGGAUUUGUGCCGAUGUAUGUCGUGCCCUUCGUUUACGGCGUUGGAGGAGGCCUCGGCUCAUCACUGAUAUCAGCACAAAUAGAUGCCAUUGUCUUUGAAACCUACGACUCGCAUCUUGGAAUCGUUCGUGGAUUGUGUGUCGUAGGGCAAGCAGUCGGGCAGUCGCUCUUUCCUCAUAUAAUAACCGCCUUGAUAGAUAAUUAUGGAUACUCGUACGCACACAUAGUUCUCGGCGGAAUAAUGCUCCAAACUCUGCCAGCUGUUAUGCUACUCAAAGUAAAUCCUACUGCUUCAAGGCCUGUCUCAUUCUCUAGGUACAGUGAUCUCUCCAAAACGUAUGCAAUCUACAGCAAUGAAGUCGAAAAUGAAUGUUACUCAAAUGAAAUGCAAUUGCACGACAUGGGCAGAAAGUGUUGGAAGAGUCCGUCUGAUGACAACUUGCAUCGGGAGGAGGUGUUGAGGAUUGAUGCCGGCGAGUCGUACACUACGACCACCAUAACACCGCCUAAUAGUCCAGAAGACACGAGAAGGAAUGCCUUUGGGAUCAACAUCCUGCCCGACAUUCUAGAAGAAACCGAAGAGAGCGAAGAAGACGAAGAUGAUCAUAGUAAUAUUAAAGAAACUGAUAUAAAUAAGAAUAAUAAGAGAUAUAGUGCAGCCAUUAAGAGUCUGAGUACAAUAAGUGAUAAUUUAGACGAUUACAUAACGAGACAAGGCAGAAGAGAUUCUGAAAGUGACCGGGAAUGUGAGAAAAACAGAGAAUAUACGGAAUUAGAAGUGACGUACGACAAUGUUUCACCUAUUACGGAUAUACAAAGGGAAAAAAUAAUGAAAUCGUUCAGUUUCCGUUGCGAAUCUGCGUACGCUAGAAUACGAAGAAGGUUUUGGAUGCCCUCGUAUAGAAUGUACAGACUACGCAGGAAACUGCAAUUCACUUUGUACAGUAUCAAUGACACUUUAAUAAAACCUUUGACGAGGUCACUAUCCUCGUGGAGAUUUUAUCCUGCCCUACUUCUAAGCUUUUCUCAUUUAAGUUUGUUAGCGAUAUCGCUGGUGCUUCUGCCAAUGGUCGCCUCCCAUGUUCGUCCUAAGAUCACUAUGACAGAGUCAAAUUUUUUGAUGUCUCUCCAUGGGUUUACUUGGCUUUGUUUCCUGCUCUGUAUGCCAUGGCUCACCGAAACGCCCAAAAGGAAUUUCAAAUACGUCGCAGUGCUCGGGCUUAUUAUAUCUACUCUUGCAUGUUUUGUUUUGGCGGCUUCAAGCACCCACGACAUGUUUUCGGUCGGCUGCGUGGUGGCCGGGCUUGGUUUUGGUGCCAUAAGCUCAUGUUGGGAGGGCGCCGUACAAGACUUCGUCGGAGUCCGAAAAUGGCCAAAACUACGAAGUACUUUAGAAACACUAUCCGCCGUGCUAAUAGUUACAUUAUUUGUGUUUGUAUGUUUAUUCACAGACAUGGAAAGUAAUUUACAACUGUACUUAUUCAUUUUAGGGAUCACACUUUCCGUGGUGACAUUGAUUUGGACAAUCAUAGCCGCUGUGUCAAUUUAUAAUACUACGAUUAAAAUGUGCUUAUUCAACAGGUUUAGAUAGGCGUAAAUUUAAUAAGAAGUUCUUCCUUGCAAUUAACCCCUACUCAUACCUACUGAAUUCUCGUACAAGUGUACUCGCAUAUAAAAAUACUGAAGCAUUGCGUGUGAUAUUUUUAGCAAUAAAUGUAUUGUAUAGUCAUUCUUAUAUUAAAUUAUUUUCAUUGAAAA